GACGGCUCCUACGGGCCGUGCUACUGCGACCAGGCGUGCGAGCACACCCUCGACUGCUGCCACGAUUACUCCCAGGCCUGCCCAGUUAUCCCCUGCGUUGUAUCUCAGUGGAGUGCCUGGAGUGGCUGUGCAGAGCCUUGCAAGACCACAUACCGUGUUCGGAGGAGGCACGUCAUCCAGGAGCCCCGGAAUGGAGGAGAGACGUGUCCUGCCCUGGAGGAGAGGGCUGGCUGCGUGGAGUACUGGACUGAGCAAGGAACAGAGUGUAAACAGUCCCUGAUCCCUGCGUUAAUAACAACAGGAGGGUUUGGAAAAGCAAGGAAAAAAAGAGCUGCAGCUGAUGGCAGUGAAAGAGUGGGGUACUGCGUGGAGUUCCAGCUUGUGGCCAUCACGCAGGGCUGCCUGCACAGUCACCACUCAUACACUCACUGGAUGCAGUAUCUCAGGGAGGGCCACACUGUCUGUGUGGAGUGUCAGCACCCGGCUUUAGACUCUGAGAGUCUGCAUUGCUAUGGGGAUGGCAGUGGAAGCCAAAGGAAUCAGCUGUUGCACUGGCAGGCAGUGGGGAACCCUCGAUGCAGUGGAACGUGGAAGAGAAUUCGCCAGCUGGACGCUUGCUCCUGUCCUUCUGUUCACAGCUUCUUGUUCAUCUAACUCCUGACAGUCCCAGCAAGUGAGCACUGUGACGGCUCGUCUGGCACAAAAAUGCAGUAGUAACCAUAACCAAAACAAUGGCUUCUCCACAGCAGAGGCUGUGCUGCUUACUUUCAAAAGUUUGCUGUCUGCUCUGGGUCAUGCUGAAUGCUAUACUCUGCAGUUUCCAAAGAAAUCAGGCUGGCUGUGAAGUGCCAGUCUCUGUAUAUCCAUUCCUAUAGCCUCUUCUGCCUGAGAGAAGCCUUUCUGGCCCCAGUGACUUCUUUCAAAUCACCCCUCCUUCACAUAAGAAAACAG